AUGCCCACCAACGCAGCCUCGGGUGCAAGUUGCACAAUCAGUCUCAUCCCAACAACAACAGAAACAGGAACGACGACAUCCGGUACAACUUGCAAGGAGUAUCGCCACGAAUCCAUCAAAGAUCCAGUGACCCACGCCUUCAAAGAAAUAGUUACCAUUGAAUCAACCAACUCGGGCAGAUUCCAAAUCAACCUCGAUAUCAAACCGACUGCAUGUUGCCUACUCGAAAAGACUGCUGCCAACCAGUCUGGACGGACCACAGCUCGCAAAUCGCUCACACCACACGACUGCGUGGCGGAUACCCUCAUGGAUGGAAUUGAAAUAUCCCGUAAAUAUCUACCACAAUCCUUUACUGGCCGACAUACCCUCUCACAUGUCCGCUCAAGACACCACAACGUCGCUCGCCCGUAUCAAUUCGCACCGAUCAAGCUCGUCGACCCUGAUGACGCACCUCAAGAGAUCUGUGAAAACGAAGAGAUCAUUAAAUCUUUAGGCACUAUCGAACUCAAAAUCUUCAAAUGUAAACUUGUCGUCGGCAAACGCUCCAAACCGCCUCCUCGCCUUUCCGGCACCAAAACAACGAAUGUGAUGAGCUUCUCAGAGGAUAGCAAAAAGGCCCGUCUUUCUAGUACCGCCGGCUUAGGCGAACCUACAGUACGCACUCCCAAGGACCACACUGAGUAUAUUGUUAGAAAGAAAGCGGCCCAUCCGUUCUUUCAUUUCAUAUUCCACUACAAACCACGAUCGAUUUUGGUCGCCGAAGAGGUCAUUUCAAAUCCUGACACCCCUACUGAACCUGCAGUGAUAGACUCCAGCACAGCAUCAAUCCCGCAAGCAAAACCAGCUGCGAAAUCUAUCAGUAUUGAAUCGGACUCCGAACCCAAAGAUGACAAGCAUGACAAACAAAAGAAAGUCAAAAAGGAAACCAUCCUCAAAAAUGAACAAAAUCAUGAUAAAGGAAGCGGAUCUGGAUGCCAAUGUAAUUGUAAGAAUAAACGUCCAGCAGAUGCCGAGAGUUCGGGCCAAAAACGAGCACGAAUAUCUGAUCCCGAUCCAAAACCUGAUGUCAACCAAACUAAACAUACCCAACCAUCUAAACCGAUCUUUAUCGAUUUGACUUUGUAA